AUGCAGCACAAGCGUCUUGCCUGGGCCUUCCUGGCCGCUGCCGCCGCCGGCUUCGCCAGCGCCGAGGACUCGGAUGUUGCCCAGCUCACAAAGGACACCUUUGACGACUUUGUCAAGUCCAAUGACCUUGUGCUUGCCGAGUUCUUCGCCCCGUGGUGCGGUCACUGCAAGGCCCUCGCCCCCGAGUACGAGGAGGCUGCCACGUCGCUGAAGGAGAAGGACAUCAGGCUCGCCAAGGUCGACUGCACCGAAGAGGCCGACCUCUGCAAGUCUUAUGGUGUCGAGGGCUACCCUACCCUCAAGGUCUUCCGCGGCCCUGACAACAUCGCCCCCUACACGGGCCAGCGCAAAGCUCCCGCCAUCACCUCCUACAUGGUGAAGCAGUCCCUGCCUGCUGUCUCUACCUUGACCAAGGAGACUCUCGAGGACUUCAAGACUGCCGACAAGGUCGUCCUUGUGGCCUAUGUCGCCGCCGACGACAAGGCCUCCAACGAGACCUUCACCAAGGUGGCCGAGUCUCUCCGUGAGACCUACCUCUUUGGCGGUGUCGCUGACGCUUCGCUCGCCGAGGCCGAGGGUGUCAAGGCACCCGCCAUUGUUCUCUACAAGGCCUUCGACGAGGGCAAGAACACCUUCACCGAGAAGUUCGAGGAGGAGGCCAUCAAGACCUUCGCGAAGACUUCGGCCACUCCCCUCGUUGGUGAGGUUGGCCCCGAGACCUACGCUGACUACAUGUCGGCUGGUAUCCCCCUGGCCUAUAUCUUCGCCGAAACGCCCGAGGAGCGCGAGUCUCUUGGAAAGGCUCUCCGUCCCAUUGCCGAGACUUACAAGGGCAAGAUCAACUUCGCCACUAUUGACGCCAAGUCGUUCGGCGCCCACGCCGGCAACUUGAACCUCAAGACUGACAAGUUCCCCGCCUUCGCCAUUCAGGACACCGAGAAGAACCUCAAGUUCCCCUUUGACCAGGAGGCUGAGAUCACCUUUGAUGCCAUCAAGAAGUUCACCGAGGAAUACACCUCUGGCAAGCUGGAGCCCAGCAUCAAGUCUGAGCCCAUCCCCGAGACCCAGGAGGGUGUCACCGUCGUUGUCGCCAAGAACUACGAACAGAUUGUCCUCGACGAUAACAAGGACGUUCUCGUCGAGUUCUACGCUCCGUGGUGCGGUCACUGCAAGGCUCUCGCCCCCAAGUACGACGAUCUCGCUGCCCAGUACGCUGCCUCUGAGUUCAAGGACAAGGUCGUGAUCGCAAAGGUGGACGCUACCGCCAACGACGUCCCUGAUGAGAUCUCUGGCUUCCCCACAAUCAAGCUCUUCCCCGCUGGUGGCAAGGGCUCUCCUGUCACAUACAAGGGCUCCCGUACCGUCGAAGACCUCAUCAAGUUCGUUGAGGAGAACGGCAAGCACAAGGCUGGCAUCUCACCCGCGGCCGAAGCUGCUGCUCCCGCCGCCUCGGAGAAUGCCGAGGAGAAGGAGGAUGCCAAGGAUGAGCUGUAG